CAGUCCCUUCCCUCCCCACUAUCAUUCGGCUCCGCAUGAAGCAGCCUCGCACGGUCGCGAGCUGGGCAUCGGCUCUCUAGAUUUGGAUCCAGCCCCGCCGCGAGACUCAGUUGGGUUGGUGUGUCGCGCGGUGACAGCGACAAGGGAUUAUUGGUACCGAGCAGCGACUGUUCCUCCUCAACGAAGCCGGGAGAUCAUGCCCCCUAGAUAGCGGCCUCGUCCUCCUCUCCACUCCCCCUCCCUGCCCCUUGGCCCCUUCCUCUACCUUCCUCCACCAUCACUGCCACCUGUGUCACCACAGCCACCAUGCCCCCCAGGAAGAGGACGCGGCCGGGCCUGGGCUUCCUGUGCUGCUUCGGCAGCAGCGAGCCUCCGGAGAUCAACCUCAAGGACAGCGUGCCCCUGCAGCUGCUGGAGUUCAGCGCCCCCAUGCCGCCUGCUGAGGAGCUGAAUGCACGGUUCUCCGAACUGGUGGAUGAACUGGACCUGACGGAUAAGAACAGGGAGGCCAUGUUUGCGCUGCCCGAUGAGAAGAAAUGGCAGAUCUACUGCAGCAAGAAGAAGGAGCAAGAGGACCCCAACAAGCUGGCCACCAGCUGGCCCGACUACUACAUUGACCGCAUCAACUCCAUGGCUGCUAUGCAGACCCUUUUUGCCUUCGAUGAGGAGGAAAUGGAAAUGAGAAACAAGGUGGUGGAAGAUCUGAAGACAGCACUUCGGACCCAACCGAUGAGGUUCGUCACGCGCUUCAUCGAGCUCGACGGCCUCACCUGCCUCCUCAACUUCCUGCGCAGCAUGGACUACGAGACGUCGGAGAGCCGCGUCCACACCUCCGUCAUCGGCUGCAUCAAGGCCCUGAUGAACAACUCGCAGGGCCGCGCGCACGUCCUGGCCCACCCGCAGAGCAUCAACACCAUCUCACAGAGCCUGCGGACGGAGAACAUCAAGACCAAAGUGGCCGUGCUGGAGAUCCUCGGGGCGGUGUGCCUGGUGCCCGACGGGCACAAGAAGGUGCUGCAGGCCAUGGCGCACUACCAGAAGUACGCUGCAGAGAGGACCCGCUUUCAGACGCUGCUGAAUGAGCUGGACAAGAGCACAGGCCGCUACAGAGACGAGGUCAACUUAAAGACUGCCAUCAUGUCCUUCAUCAACGCUGUGCUCAACGCCGGAGCCGGGGAGGACAACCUGGAGUUCCGCCUCCACCUAAGGUACGAGUUCCUGAUGUUGGGCAUCCAGCCGGUCAUCGACAAGCUCCGGGAGCACGAGAACGCCACUCUGGAUAGGCAUUUGGACUUCUUUGAGAUGGUGCGGAAUGAGGAUGACUCUGAGCUGGCCAAAAGGUUUGAUACACCCCACGUUGAUACAAAGAGUGCCGGUGCCAUGUUUGAGCUGAUCAAGAAGAAGCUGAGCCUCACAGACGCCUACCCCAACCUCAUCUCCAUCCUCCAGCACUGCCUGCAGAUGCCCUAUAAACGAGGCGGUGGCAGCCUGCAGCACUGGCAGCUCUUAGACCGGAUCCUCCAGCAGUUAGUCCUCCAGGAUGAGAAGGGAGAGGACCCCGACGCCGCCCCUCUGGACAACUUCAGCGUUAAGAACAUCGUUCGCAUGUUGGUCAACGAGAACGAGGUGAAGCAGUGGCGAGACCAGGCUGAGAAGUUCAGGAAAGAUCACUUAGAGCUGAUGGGUAAAUUAGAGCGGAAGGAGCGAGAGUGCGAGACCAAGACCCAGGAGAAGGAGGACAUGAUGAAGACUUUGAACAAAAUGAAGGACAAACUCCAGCGGGAGGGAGUGGAGCUGCGCUCAGCCAAGGAGCAAGUCCUGGACCUGUCCUCACGCAUCAAUGACUUUUCUGGCGUCAGCGUGUCUUUCCUGCCUCCUCCUCCUCCUGGCGGCCCUGCGGAUCUGCCUCCACCCCCUAUGAUGGCCGGCUUUCCUCCGCCUCCUCCUCCGCUACCGUUCAGCUGCCCGCCUCCUCCGCCACCUCCUCCCCCACCCGGAGGGCCUCCUCCUCCGCCUGGGGCCCCUCCGAUUUUCGGAGCCCCGCCUCCUCCCGUUCCCUCAUCAUUCAACUCGGCGGCCAGCAUACGCUCCAAGUCCAUCCCUCAGCCCUCUCAUCCACUCAAGUCCUUCAACUGGGCCAAACUAGGAGAGAAUGUGAUCAACGGCACCAUCUGGAAUGACAUCGAUGACCUGAGAGCUUUCAAGAUUCUUGACCUCAAGGACAUCGAGAAGAUGUUUUCAGCCUAUCAGAGACAGCAGGACCUGCUCACUAAUCAAUCCUUCAAGCAGAAGGAGACGGGCUCCAUGGACGACAUAUACGUCAGCACACGGAAGGUCAAAGAGCUGUCGGUCAUCGACGGCAGACGUGCACAGAACUGUGUCAUCCUUCUCUCAAAGUUAAAAAUGAGCAAUGAAGAGAUCAAGAGGGCCAUCCUGGAGAUGGAUGAGAGGGAAGAGCUGGCCAAAGAUAUGCUGGAGCAGCUGCUGAAGUUUAUUCCAGAGAAAAGUGACAUCGAUCUGUUGGAGGAGCACAAACAUGAGCUGGAGAGGAUGGCCCGGGCCGAUCGCUUCCUCUAUGAAAUGAGCAGAAUCGACCACUACCAGCAGAGACUGCAGGCUCUGUUCUUCAAGAAGAAGUUUGCAGAGCGUCUAGCCGAAACCAAGCCGAAGGUUGAAGCCAUCCUGAACGCGUCCAGGGAGGUGGUCCGGAGCAAGAGGCUGACUCAGAUCCUGGAGGUGGUGCUGGCCUUCGGCAACUUCAUGAACAAGGGCCAGAGGGGCAACGCCUACGGCUUCAAGGUCUCCAGCCUCAACAAGAUCGCUGACACCAAGUCCAGCAUAGACAGGAACAUCACCAUGUUGCACUACCUGAUCAUGAUCGUUGAAAAGAACUACAACGACACGCUGCACAUCCAGGACGACCUUGGCAGUGUACCGGAGGCUGCCAAAGUCAAUUUGGCGGAGUUGGAAAAAGAGGUGCACAAUAUGAAAAGUGGACUGAAGGCUCUAGAAGCGGAGCUUCUCUACCAGCAGAGCAGGACGCGGGAACGCGGGGACAAGUUUGUGGCUGUGAUCGGAGACUUCAUCACCGUGGCCGGCUUCAGCUUCUCUGAGCUGGAGGACCAGCUGAGUGAGGCCAAGGACAAGUUCACCAAAUCUCUGAAGCACUUUGGGGAAGAAGAAGGGAGGAUGCAGCCCGAUGAGUUCUUCGGGAUCUUCGACACCUUCUUGCAGUCGUUCAGCGAGGCGCGGCAGGACCUGGAGAACAUGCAGCGCCGCAAAGACGAGGAGGAGAGGAGGGCACGGAUGGAGGCCAUGCUCAAGGAGCAGAGGGAGCGGGAACGGCGGGCCAAGAAGAGCGGGGCCUCAGACGAGGUCGGCGGGGAGUUCGACGACCUGGUGUCGGCGCUGCGCUCCGGCGAGGUCUUCGACAAGGACCUGAACAAAUUCAAGCGGAACCGCAAGCGCUCCGUCAACCAGCUGGUGGAGGGUGGGGGCCGCGAACGGGCCGUCACCAAGGUCAACUACUAGGUCGAGAAAAAGGAAGGAAAAAAGACAAAAACAAAACACUAGACACUUAAACUCUGCCGUGGUUUAGAUCUCCUAACACCUUUAGGUCCAGGUCCUGGACCAUUGACGUUGGACAGGAUGUAAAUAACGGCCGGACUGGACAUGUAGAGACAUGUGUGGACAGCCACGCCGUUUUGAAGGAUACCCUCCUCUGAUUGGUCUUGGGAAGCUGUCCCCGACCCGUUGGUCCUGGACGCUGUGUGAUCUCCUGAGCUGGGCGAAGGACAGUUGGGGUCUACGGAUGGACGGACAGACCACUGUGACACAUUACCCCAUAUCUUUUUCACCAUGUCCGCCUAACACUGUGCUCAAGCUUCCAACCCUGUUUUCUCACGGCUCCUCUUUUUCCCCCACAAACCCCUCACUCUUCCUCAGUACGGUCCUCGAGGCCCGAGCUGGAGCAGCCCUACCUGGCUCUAAAACACACAGGACUCUGGGAUCAGCCCGUCUCUGUACAUAGACUCGAGGCCGAGAGGACGGAAUGGAAGAAGGGCUUUCGUCAGAUUGGAACUGAAAAGAGAAGGUGGGAAGGGUGGAAGUAAGCCAUACCAUCCACGGUCAUGGUUGCUCCAAGUGUCCCACAGAAAAGAGACAAUCAGCUCAGAAUAGACGGGUAUUCAUGAAUUUCCUUGACUGGAAAAAAGGGAUGUGCAGUCUGCAUAUCCCAGAAUGCUUUGUAGGCUUCUGAGAGAGAGAGAGAGAGAGAGAGAGGAAGGAGGGUACACGCUUCGUCCCAACGACCACACAGCAUUCCCAGGGAGGACGUACGUACGUCCCGGGCUGCAAUUUUUUUAAGAGGAUAAAACUCGUCUCAAGGAAAACCAUCUUCUCAGCUUGAUCCGCUCGACAAAAUGAUGACUGUGCCACAAAGGGUCGAGCCUCAUGUCCACCCGUCAAUGGUUUCCUCGUGGCUCCGGCAUUAAGCAGUGCCAAAGCAAAGAGAGAACAAAUGUAUUAAUACGAAAAACAUACUGCAAUUAGGCGAUGAUAUAUAUUUAUAUUUAGAUACAGACAAGCUAAUUGCAAAGAUUUGUUGAGUUUUUUUUAUGUUUUCUUGGCAUUUUUAGGGUUUUGUACACACAAUGCAUUAUUUGUUGGUGUUGCAAGUUCACAUCGGUGUUGACGUGAAUUUCUAUACAUUUUGCGCUUUAUGUAAAAAAACAACAAAAAAAAACAAUAAUUGCUUGUCCUUUUCACACCUGUACGUCUUGUUUGCACUGUCGCUUUUCUGACCAACUUUACACUCCACAAGCUGAUCUCCGGUGCCCGUGUAUGGCAGGUCUCAUUGGGCCUCUAGUGGUCUCCGUUAUCUGCAGGGUCCGAUCCACUGGUGCUAAAACACGCUCCAGACAGAGCCACCGGCCCAGUUUAGGAUUACUCAAAUUAAACUAGUGCUUGAUCCAGGCUCAACAUACAAGGUAUCUAUGCGUUUUUUUAUUUCAGCUGGCAAUCGUAACACAUCAGACUACACCACAUGAUGAGGCUGUUAAUGCAAAGUGAGGCCACAACAAGCCACUUAGAGGUGGAAAUGUUCUGGGAGAGAGCUCAGAGUGCAUCACAGAAAACAAUCCUUUCUUCCAUCUUUCCUUCCAGCUUCUCUCAAACCUUUGAGAUUGUGACUAGACCUCGUUACUAUGGGCAACCAGUUGCCAAACAUACUGAAGCCAACCUAGGUCACUUUUCCUUUUGAAAUAUUCAACGUAGUAUAUGUUUUUUUUAUAUUUUUUUUAUUUAUACAUACAUGUCUCGAGCCUUAGCAGCAGACAUGACAAAGGCUGCGAUGUAAAGUAUGGGCUCCCCUCAGAACAACAUUCAGACGGCCUCCUUAUAGACGGACAUGCAGUACAGGGUAGGUUGCUACGCAGAGAGGGCUCUAAUCCUGGGGUCCGCUGUGGUGGGAGCCAAACCCUGGUCCAUCCUUAGGGAGACGGGGAAGCAUUAUGGGUCAUCAGUGAAAGUGUGGAUCGACACGCAGAAGGAUUUGCACGACAGCCCCUGUUUGAGCUUGCAGGGGGGUGGAGUGGUCGUUCCCAUGGUAACAGUUGGAGUUUAACACCAAGGAGUUCCUUCACCCCCUUGUGUUAAGUCAGAGACAUGUUCACUCUGCACUUGGCUCAAGGAGCACUUGGUGGGUUUACAGUGCAUAACAUAAGAAAGUGACAUUACUCAUACUCAUUUUAUAUUUCAUUUACAGUGUUUCUGAAGACAACCCACCACUACUGCAUGUGAUAACUACAGUAGUGAUGACCAUCCACAGUUUGUCAUUUGUCCCCUGCAGUGUUUCUGUUGUGAGUUUCACACAUGUUCCAUUCCUUUUAUCAUGUUUUUGGUGUGGCUAUCCCAAAAGAUAAUGUACAGUGUUUUCAAAUGAAAUGCAGCCGGCGGUUGGAAUUAGACUAUCUGGCACCAUCUGGUGGCUUCAGAUAGUGCAUGUUCCUCAUCGACACUGCAUGCAGUUGUCAGCAGCUCACAAUGGGACUCUUGACCCCCAACAGCGGUACUUCUUUGUGGCGGGCAUGUGAUCAGAGAGGUUUGACCUCCCACCUGUACAGAGAAAAUAACUUAUUUGCCUAACGCGUUAAUUUAUCCACACUGGGGCCCUCCACAGAGGAACCUCAUCCCACCUGGGGUGUAGUCCUUUCAUUUGUCCUCAAACGUAGGCAGAGAGAAGCUGUAGUGAGCUGAAGUGGUUGAAGACAAUGUGACACUUCAGAGAUCAAACCAAACCCAUUCAUACUUCCACACACAGCCCUGAGGGGGAAAAUGACAUAUGAUUGCCUAUUUUUUAACCAGCAUCUCAUGUAUUUUUGAGCUAUUUCCUAACCUCCUUUGUCUUUCCAAUUAAUCAGAGUUAGCCUACGAGACUCCAGAGCUUUGACCCCGUAUUGUAAUGCAGACUUUUUACUGAGGGGCGUUGCGGCAUUGUCAGUAUUAUCCCACGUUUAUGUUGUUACAUGUUUGGAUGUUUUAUUUCGGCCAUUGACUGGCUGAUUGCGGAGUGUACAGGUGGAAAUCAGAGGAACGGAAUUAGUAGCUUGUUCAAUGCACUUUUAUUAUGGGACAUUUCCAUUUGCGGCGCCCUCUCGUGGGUUUCGACCCCCCCUAGAAAUGAGGUGGGUGCAACCAAACGAGUGGUGCAAAAAAAAAAAAAAAAAAAAACAUGGUGUGAAGAAGAAAGAGGGAAACAGGGCGAGUGAGGUUGGGACACGUUUACAGUCUGUCGGAUGGCAAAGAUGGGAUUGGUGGGGACAUUGACACAAAGAGGGGGACACUCCUGUCCUCAACCGUCUGUGUCACCUGCUUUGUCUGUUCCCCCACAUUUCUGUCACACCAUGCACUUGGCAUGGAGCUGCAUGCCUCAAGAAGUGUGCAGACAGUGUGACGCGUCGACUUGCAAUAUAAAACACACCUGUUGCACGACAAUUUGUACGGCCUGAGAGAAGUUGCACCCGGUUUCAGAGGCUGUGUAAGUGCGAGGAGUCAGUAUUUUUAUGGUUGGAAAAAAGAAAAAGGAUCCUCCACCGAAAGAUGUACAGUUGGAAAAAAAAAAAGAAGCAUUUUGUACACGAUUGUUGAUGUUUGAGAUAAGAUAAAAAAAUAAAAAAACGAUUCAAACAUUGAGGAAUGUUCCAUUUUCCUGUAAAUUGUACCUCUAUUUAUUUGCCUUAUUUAGUUUGCUAUAUUUUGUAUGUACACACAGCAUUACAACGAGAUGUUAUAUUAAAAAUAUGAAUAAUUAAACUGUGGUCCGUGUGUGAUGGAUAGUUUUGAGACUUUUUUUUCAUUUCUAUAACUUUAUUUUAGUUUUGUAUUUUUUUUUUCUCACCCUGUGUCUUUUUGUAGGGUUACAAUAAACUUUUUGUCCCUUACAGCUGCUUGUGUUAUUUUUUUCCAAAUAAUUUAUUGAUGCCGUAAA